AUGUAUGGCAAUAAAGUGAUGGUAUCGAAUUAUCCGGAUGAAUGUGUUGCUCGUGGUGCUUUGCGAGCUUCUAGUAUUGAAGAAGCGAGAACUGGAGUCGUUUUAAAGCAGGUCAUUCCUGAGUAUUAUGGCUUCCCAAUUUAUGAUGAUUACACGCAUCGCGAAAAGUUCCAGGUGAUGAUUCCUCGCAACACGGAGUAUCCAACGGACCGAGUGUUUAGCACGAAUGGAACUUAUAUUACUUGGGCCAAUGUGGAUCUUUAUCAAAGUAAAGACGGAACCAUGCGAGAAGCCAAGCUUCUUAAUGAGUUUGGUUUCACGGAUGCAACGCCAACAUCUCAAGCGAUUAAUGUGAAAUACACCCUUGAUCACAAUGGAUUCAUCAACGUGGAAAUCGUGCAGACGUGCGAUAAUCGAGUGCUUCUGCAGAAAGAGAAAGUCGUGAAGUUGAAGACUGAAACACGUGAAGUUGAGUAUAAUAAUGAUGAGGAUUCGGACAGUGCUAUAAGUGGAGAAUACAUCGAAGAGCAAGCAGUGGAACCCGACUUUUUGCCAGAGCCUCCAAUCAAUUUGGGAAGAGUUCCAUUCGAGUUUCCAGAUGUGCCUCGGGAUGAAAUGCCAUUGCCGAUCGAGCAAUCCGACUCUGGGGAUAUUCUACUAUCGGAAGACAGUGACCUGUAA